GAGCAGCAGCGUUCUGAAUCAGCUGCAACUGUCUGAUUGAUUUUAGGGAGACCUGUAAAGACACCAUUACAGUAGUCUAGUCUGCUGGAGAUAAAGGGAUUACAGCAGAAGACCCACCAAUGAGGCACUACAGGGUGAAAAAUGGCUCCUUGUGUUUAAAAGUUGGAGGAUCGCCACCAUUUCAAGACGUCAAGUGGCAUUUUAAUAAAAAAAUUAUUGUUAUGACAAAAAACAUCACUCCCAAUUACAAAGGCAAAGUGGAUUAUAAUUCAAGUGACCACUCCUUGUGUAUCAAGAAACUCACUGAGACAGACAGUGGCGACUAUAAAAUUUCAUAUAUCAUUUCAAGCACUGAUUCUGAUGUUGAAGAAUCAGAUGAAAUCCACAGACUAAUUGUUGAAGAUACUGUUACCAGACCUGUCAUGAGGAUGUCAGGACUGCACUCCAACCUGUCUGUUGGAUUCUGCAACAUCACAGUCAACUGCUCCAUCCAGGAUGACUGGGCAUCUUCUGUCUGUAAUGAAGACAGUUGCGAAACAUCUCAGAGAUCAUUAUUCAGGAAGGUCAACAUCACCAUCUUCACUGACAACUCAUCUAUUAUCUGCAGUGGCAACAACCACGUCAGCACAAGCAAUGUUUCUAAAAGCAUAGAGACAAUGUGUAAGUGUUAUGUGAUUUAUGUAUUGCUCACUCAUUUACAGUUGAACUUUAAAUCCAGUAAUAUUCAUUUUUUUCUUUCUUGGUCAUUUGUGGGCCACCACCUCAUCAUUUUAAUAAUUAAGUUGUUCCGGGUUCUAUCUGCUAAAAUGUGUUUAAAUGUCUUUCCAGGCUUUAGAGAAUCUAACCCUGAGCAUGAAGAGGCAUCAGAACAGCCCAUUGUGAUUGUAAUAGUAGUUAUUGUGUGUCUAUCCCUCUGUGCAUUUGCCUUGUGUUUUUGGGGGAUUUUUUCAAAAGAAUAUAGUCAUCAGACGGACACAUCUACUGCUCCGAUAAUACCAAGCCAGCCGGUGGAGGCACAAUCUGAGCCUAGAGUCUCUACCUCUUCUUCCAGUCAAGCUGAGGCCUGUUAUGAAAACGUGGAUGCCACACAGCCCUGCCAGACCAGCAGCCCAACCAUCAGCCCAAGAGAUGAGCAAAGUCAGAAAGUAGAUACCGUCUAUAGCUUUUUACAGGUACCAAACGUGACUUCCUCUCUAGGCAAGAUUGACGGUAGUAAAGGUCACAUGGAGGUACAAGAGGCAUUAACUUCACAGUAUUUCCCCCAGGAUGAGGCUCAGCAAUCUGCAAAAAUUGACACAGUGUACAGUGUGUUGCAAAAGCCAAAAAAUCUAAAGUCACAGCACCACCAAUAGGUCAAACAAGAUUUUCAGAAGCCAAAGAGAUGACAUAAUGAGAAAGAAGCCUGUUAGACUCUGUAAAAGCCAGGAUGAUCAUAUGGACAUUCAUGCAGUAUUAACUUGAAACUGGAGGACACAUCUUUAUGGAUUAUGCAUUUAAUUAUUUUUUACAGUGUUUUUGUAUUGUGGUAUUAGUUUUCUUUCAUAAGAGAUACAGGAGCUUAUUUUAUAUUUGUAUUUUAAAAAACGUGGCAAUUAUCUGUAUUUUCUUAAAUAAUACAAUUUAUUCACUUUCUGCUAUUUAUGUCCUGUGUUUCUUCGCAGGCAGAUUAACCAAAUCAACUUGAAAAAGAAUGGGAUUUCUAUCAUGCUUGCAGUUAGCAACUGAACUAAUUUGAACUUGUCCAUCCACCACUAUAACAACAUGUACAGUGCUGUAUUAUCCACUGUUGUCAAUUGCAGCAGCAGUAAGCUGCAGACUGUCAGAUGAACAAUGAAAAGUUUGUCACAAAUAUUUCAAACUCAAACAGGAUUUAAUGAAAAUGUUUCACAUUAGUAGUAUCAUUACUAGCUGCUCGCACUGCAAACCAAGCAUUACAGUCUGGCUAUGCAAGCAGAACAUGUCCUUGUAUUUCAAAUAUAUAUUCCAAUAUGGCAUUCAUACAAAGCAGUGAACCAGAGCUUAAUGGGUCAUUAAAAUCUAAAAUUGGUCACUGUUUCCUUAAAACCUCAUUUGAACUUGGUGAAGUGUCUGUAGAGACUAGUGAUCAGUGUAAUAUGCUUAUUUGAAUGGUGGAUCUCUAAAGGACUUAAGUUGAAUGUACAGUACAGAAGUUCUAAAUUGUUCAUGGGUCAACACAUACAGAACAAUAAAGGUGGGUGAGGAGACAAGAA